UAUUUCAUUUGAACGGUAAGGUCAUCAUUUUAUCGUCUGAAGUACUGGAGGUACGAUACGUCAGCUUAUUUGCGUUCGUGAUUCAGCAAAACGAUAAUUACAAGUUGUAAUUUAACUGUAUAGUUAUUGCCGAAGAGCUUCACUUCAGUAGCGAUUGUCGUUCCGAAUAUCUAACAAAUUUUCGAAAAUGGUUAAAGCUGUGUGCGUUCUUCAAGGAGAUGCCCAGGGCACUUUAUACUUCGAACAACCGGAGAACAGCCCUACUGUAAAGGUUACAGGCCAAGUAUCUGGUUUGAAAAAGGGACUGCAUGGUUUUCACAUUCACGAGUUCGGUGAUAACACUAACGGUUGUACAAGUGCUGGUCCACACUUCAAUCCAUUAGGAAAAGACCAUGGUGCUCCUGAUGCAGAUGUGCGUCAUGUUGGAGAUUUAGGAAAUAUUGAAGCAGGUGCUAACGGUGUUGCCAAUGUUAAUAUAACUGAUAAACUUAUUCAGCUUCAAGGUCCCAACAACAUAAUUGGCAGAACUCUUGUGGUUCAUGCUGAUCCGGAUGAUCUAGGUAAAGGUGGUCAUGAAUUAUCAAAAACCACAGGAAAUGCUGGUGCUCGUCAAGCUUGUGGAGUUGUUGGCAUUGCAAAACUCUAAACAUAUGUUCUAAAUGUAUAUUCUGAAAUUAUAUAAAAAAUAAUAUACAUUAUUACUAUUAAUGUAAUAUUAGAA